AAUAUGGUUCUUUUUCAUUACCUGUAAUAUAGAAGAAAUUUGAGGACCACUUCUGCCGGUGUGAGAACCACUGAGAAGCUCCGUUUUUUUUUUUUUUUAAAGGAUUUUUCUGUAUUUUUCUCCCUUGGAAGGUCUGAAAUAUCAGACACUUUUACAUAAAAUAUAUAAAUAACAUAUAAUAUUGGAUUGUUGCCUGGAUGGAUUCUAAAUGUAGUGUAACCUGUAUAAUGGGAUUUUGGGAUUGACUUCAAGGAAGUCCAAAAUGCCAGCUCCAUGGACAUUCUCUGGCAUGAGUUGAUUGCAAGUCUUACUUCCUCUAAUAAGAUUGUCUAUGUUAUUCUGCAUUGUCCAUAGUCUCUGUCAGUGCAUGAAUGCCUGUAUGUGAGACACAAAGUACUUUGCACUUUAUAUGUAAAGUUAAUUUCCUAUUUGUCUUGGAUUAAGUUAAGUGAAGCAAAGAUAGUGAUUCAAUCUCCUUGUUUUUGUGCUUUUUCUAGAACUUAAUUGUAGUUCAUUGUGGACUUGCUUAACAAUUAGACAGUGAAUGUAUUUUCAUAACAGUUAUUAUCACUCAUAACACUGACACCUCAGUGUCAUGAAAUUGACGUAAUACGUAUCUUGAGAAAGUAAAAAAAAUACAGGAUUUUAAGGCUCAUGGAUAGCUUGCCCUGUUUAGGCGCUAGGUGCCCUGUUUAGGCUCUUUAGUGCAUGGGUGGGCCUCACAGUCCAGCAUUAAAUCCUAACCAUUGCUAUUGCCAACUGUGGCUGGUAACCCUGCAGGGUGAAGCGGAGUUGGCGGUAGGCCAGGGCUAGGUAGGGUUCGGUCAGCCAGGAUCAAGGAUUUUCUUGUUGCUCUCUAGCGACCCCCUCUGGUUGAUCAGGAGGCAGCGAUCUGCUUGCUCAAGCUGCACAGGAAGUGUCUUCGUCACAGACUCCUGUCAGUGCAAGUCUGGCCGGUCGGCUGCUGCGUGAACAGAAGCAGCUGAUGACAUUUGGCGCGUCCAAUCGCCUCUGUAAACUUGGCAUUUAUAAUUAGCCGUUCGCAGCUGCGUUCGUGCUUAUCGCAGGAAAUCUCAGUUAUAUAUUUUACGCCAGUGACUGGGUGAGAACCACAAACGUCUUUUUCUGGGAGUCUUUUUCCGGGAGUUAGCAAGCAGCUAACGAGAGAAGGGGCGAGCGAGGGGCAUCUCUACAAGCCGUAUGAAACACUUGAGGGGCAGUUACUGUCCGCGAGGUCACCAUGACAAUGGACAGACAUUUUAAAACUGAUGAUUUGAAUCAAGGCUAGUAAAAGCAAUAUUUAAGUGACAAUGAAUCAAAGGCGACUGAGGAACAUUGCCUCUUUUUUUUUAGGUUACUUUGUCAACUGCAAUGACCCUUGCUCCUCUCACACACAAAAAAAAGAUAAUAGUCUUCGAAAGAACACAAUGAUAAUCUCAUCUUAACACCAUUUUACCACCUCUUUUAUGCAAUGCAUUACCUGAUACACUAUUGUGCUGAGUGUGCCGUGGUCAGGAUAAUAUAUUUUUUUGCUGCUUGUUAUCUUAUUACUUUGGGCCUACAGUCAGGAAUAAGAGACAAAUCAAUGGAAGGGGCACAAAUUAGGGAAUAACAUCUGAGGGAGUGGCAUUUCGCGUGGUUAUUGUUAUAAUACUGGGUCAGGUCUUUUUCGCGGCGCUGUGGGAUGGUUCUUGUUCACUCUAGGAAGCAUGAGUUUUAGCCAUCACAAUAGGUAAGAGGGGGAUAUGGUUUCAGCAUAAAUACCAUUGGAAAAUCCCCAGGUAAUACUGUAGCUGGAGGUAUAUCCAAGCAGGUGCUGUAAACACAUAUAGAGCCCUGGGUGGGAGCGCUGCAAAAGAGGGAAACACUAAACAGAUGUUCUUGAUAUCCGUAUUUCCAUUUUUUGCUUGCUGUUUUUGGCACUGUGACCAUGGGCCAGCUAUUUCAACCUGGGGUGCUGCUCCUUGUGAUCCUCGCAACAAGAGAGACCUUUGAACAGAGAAUCAUUGGGGGCCAAGUGGUUGAGCCAUAUUCCAUCAAGUACCAGGCAUCCAUCCAGUACAAUAAUCAACAUUAUUGUGGUGGAACCCUCAUCAGUACUCAGUGGGUUUUAUCUGCUGCCCACUGCUGGAGACCGAACUAUUUGAUCAAAGUGGUUUUGAGCGAGCACAGCUUCUCUAGGAACGAGGGGUUUGAGCAGGAGUUCCUGGUGUCCAAGAUCUUUGUCAAAACGGGCUACAACUACAGGACCUUCGAUAAUGACAUCAUGCUCCUCAAACUCAGCCACCCAGCCAUACUCAAUGUCAACAUCCAGCCGGCCCUCCUGCCCAAUUCCUCCAGCCCCGAGCUGCCGGCGGGGACCACCUGCACGGUGAGCGGCUGGGGGGUGACCCAGAUCUACAGCUACUACCUGUCCCCGGAGCUGCGGGCCGUGGACGUGCAGGUCAUAGACCACUGCUGGUACUACUACUACUGGAGGAUCACCGACAACAUGCUGUGCGCCGGCUCCCCCUUCGGGGGCAAAGACUCCUGUCAGGGCGACUCUGGGGGUCCUCUCAUCUGCAAAGGCUAUUUGGAGGGCAUCGUCUCGUGGGGGAUCAGCUGUGCCAACCCCUACUUCCCGGGCGUGUACACCAAAGUGAGAAACUACGUCGACUGGAUCGAGGGGGUCAUGAAAGCCUACUGAAACCGCACCGGCAAGACAAAGCUUUUCACGACACAAAAAUGGCACUUGUAAAGAGAACAGAAUGCCAAAUUUCUACUCCACUGACAUCAGCCAGGCGUAUGCUAAAUAAUGUAUUGCAGAACAUUAGGGAUUUAGGUACAUGUUGUCCAAUAGCAAUGCAGUGAGUUGGUGAGGGCUACGGAGGAGGUCGCAGGUCCAAAUCCAGAUAUUAAAGUAGCUAGCAGUAGCCCAUUGGGUGCUCUGGUUCCACCCCAGUGUAUUAAAAAAUAUUCACAAACAUAAGGAAUUAUACUUGAUAAUUAAAUAUUCACACACAAAUAAUUAUAUCCGAUAAUAAAUAUUAAUUUUGUAUUGUGAUCAAAUAUUUCAUAUUAAAUGACAAAAAGAUUUUGUAUCAUCAUUGAAUAUUCUUCAGUGUGUCAUGUUCAUUCAUAAGCAAAAUAUGCAAACAUUUCAUUAAUUUGUAAAUAUUUCUACUACUUUAACGAAACAUUUCACAAAUGCCACAGAUAAAUAACCUACAUUUUCAAGAACAUAUUGGCCGUUGUUUUGGCAUUGGUUAUAUUUUUCUGUUUAUUCACAGAACAGAUACCUUUUUGUUACAGGUAACUUACUGUAUAAUAAUAAAGGAUUUUUAAAUGGCCUGACUUGUGCACAUGGCUUUCAAACUUAUACUAUAAGCAGCAGAUUUAUGAAGUGGAGUAUCAAUAUGUAUGACAUGAACAAAUACAUUUCCCAAAAGCUCCUUUCAAAAUGGUAGAUUAAUUUCGAAAAGAAAUAAAUUAAUUAAUUGCAUUUAUAUAGCACUUUCCCAAACUUCCGAACGCUCAAAGUGCU